AUGUGGAAAAAAUCUCUUUCAGGUGAUAAAAUGAUUUCAAUAGCAAAAGAAACUUUUAGAUUAACACAAAGGCAACAAAAAAUAAGUCCUUGUCUUGUUAGUUCCUUUGUACGUAUAAAUAAUAAACAAUUUAAAAUUCACUCAAGCUCGUACAAAAAAUAUCAUUGGACGACAAAAUCAGUACUCGACCCUUCUAAACCGAAAAAACCAACUCGGUCUCCUCGUAAGAAAGUUGCUAAAGAGGAAAAAAGUAAUAAGACACAAAAACCUAUUAAUCAGUAUGUUGUAAAGCAUUCGGAAUUAUCAAAACAUAAAAUUGUUAAACAAAUUCCUAAAAAGGAUUUGACACUUCAUACAUCAAACGUAAAGGAGUCAGAGAUCGACUUAUCAGAUAUUGUUGAAGCAUCCCCUAAUUCCGUUCAUUUGCAAGUAGGAGAUUUGGUAGAAGUGCGAAGAAAUGGCAAAGUUUAUAUAGGAAUCAUUACAAAAUUAAGUAGCGAUCCCACAUCAACUGCAAAUAAAAAUGAAAUUUUGCUUUCAAACAGUCACCUUCUUUUAACUCGUUCAGAAGAUAUUGUUUUCAAAAUUACAGGAUAUGCUUAUAAUAAAGAAUUUAACAAUUCUAAACUCGAAUUUGGUUCACCAAUCCCUGAGACUUAUGGAAAACUCGCUGCUGAUUUAAAUAAAUCAGCUCAAAUUCUUUUACUUUCCAAAACUUUUGCAUUUCGUCAAAUUCAUUCACAAUUUGCAGAUGAAUUGGAAAAUAAAAAGAUUACGAUUCAAGAUGCAGCUCGUCACAUAUUUCAGAAUGAUAUUCCAACCGAAGUACAAUUAUUAGCAACGCAUAUGUUCUUUUUUAAAGAAAAUAUAUUUUUUAUGGCAGACCCUGUGGAAGUCAGGAAAAACGGAACUUACAUAUUAAGAUCAAAAAAAACGGUCAAUUCAAUAAUUAGAGUGUUAGAAUGGAUUCGUCUUCGUGAUUCGAGAGUAACUAAGUUUCAAGAAAAAGUAACAAAAAUUAUUCAGCAUAUACGUUCAAUUAAAAUUAAUGAAAAUAUUUCGGGGCUACCUUCAUUUACUAAGGAAGUGUAUUUACCAGAAUUCACCUCUGAAGAUCAAAUGUUUAUUAAUUUAGUUAAAACUUUCGUCUUGACUCCUAAGAAUAAUCAAAGUGGACUAGAAGCGCAUUUAUCGGCAAUUUUGAAGCCACUAAAGUUAUAUGAAAGUGAUUUUGACAGAGAGUGUGCAAUUCAAUUUUUGAAAGAAAUUGGUGUUUGGGCACCUUGGGAAAACUUAAUGGUUUAUGACGAAACAGCAAAAUUGAGCGGUCACGGUGUGUCUAAAGAGGCAGAUAAAGAACAGGAAGAUAUUAUAAAGUUGUCUGAAAAAUUAUUGAAUUCCCAACCGUUUAACACAUCGAAGCCAACAACACCUUCACCACUAAUUAAAACAAAAGAUUUCCUCGGGUCAGAUGAUUUUUAUUCCCACGAUAUUUGCGAAGGCAUUCGGUAUGACUUUGGUGAUUUACCUGUUUAUACUAUAGAUGAUCCGACAGCGCAUGAACUUGACGAUGGAAUUUCAAUAGAACGGAUAAAUAAUUCAUUUGAAACUGAAACAAUAUGGGUGCACAUUCAUGUUGCAGAUCCAUCCACUUAUAUUCAUCCUGGUCAUAGGUUAGCGCAGAUUGCUCGCUCAAGGGUUCAAACUGUAUAUUUUCCUGAACGAAAUUAUUCAAUGUUACCAUCUUCUUUAAGUGAGAAAAUUUUUAGUUUAGGGGUGAAUGCAGAAACAAGAGGAAAUCAUGUGAUGACUUUCAGUGCACGAAUAGGAAAUGAUGCAAGUUUGCUAGAAUAUAAAGUUAGACCUAGUAUUAUUAGAAAUGUUAAAACUCUAUAUUACGAUGAUAUUGAUAAAUUUUUAUCAUGGGAUUCUUUCUCAAAGAUUAAAGAAGAAAUUGAUUUUAUUUAUAAGCAAAUUUAUUUUCAUCCUCACCAAAUUCCUGUCUCAGACAAUGUAUACAAAUCACUUCCAUUAUCAGCACAACAGGAUCUUAAAGAUCUGCAGAAAAUUGCAGACAUUCAUUAUAAAAGUCGUAAACAAAAAGGGACUUUCUCUUCAAAUUUGCCCCAAGGGAAUGUAGAAUUAUCACCUUUUCCAUUACUUAAGACUCGAUCUGAUCUUCAAUAUCCUAUGAUUUUUACUGGCUUACCUACAAUUCAAGUUAAUCUCGAUAAAUUUAAUUAUUCACCAGCGCGUAUGAUGGUAGCAGAAAUGAUGGUAAUGGCCGGACGAAUUGCUUCGAUAUUUUGUUCAGAAAGGCAAAUUCCAAUUAUGUUUCGAUCUCAACCUAAAAGUGAAUCAGCUGAACUAGAUGAAAUCUUAUCAAACAUCGAUAAAGAAGUUGGAAUCCUUCCAAAUACUCAUAUUUUUAAAGUUCGCUCGCUUAUGCAACCUGUGAAAACCGUUGUUGAGCCUAAACCACAUUUUUCUAUGGGAAUUACAGAAGGAUAUUCCAAAGUAACAUCUCCUUUACGUCGUUAUGGUGAUCUACUUGCUCAUUGGCAAAUGAAAGCAUCACUUCUUAAUGAACGUAUGCCAUUUUCCAAAGAUGAGUUAACCAAUAGUAUACCUCAAAUCACACAUUUUGAAAAAGAAAUUCGUAGGUUACAAGUGAGAAGUAGUAAGUUCUGGAUACUUAAUCUAAUUAAUCGAUUAAAAUCUAGUGGAAGUUUACCAGAAAUGACAGGAAUUAUAAUUGAAGAAUUCGAUAAAGGUGAUAGGACUGUUUUGAUACGAGAAUUUGGGAUACAAGGAAAACUUACAAAAUCAACAGGUCAACUUGGUGAUAUAAUAAAAUUGAAAGUGAUGGAUAUAAUGCCUAAUAAACAUAAUAUAACAUUUGAGCCUAUAAUAUAA